AUGGUCUUUUCUUGCAGGAAGUGUAGUCUGCUUUCUCCUCUAUGGAGCACCAAUGUACAUGCCUAUAUCAUAAACUCCUAUGAUCAGCUUAGAGUAUAUGAUGCAUUGCAUAACACUUUCCAUUUUACUGUGUUUCCCAGAUUGACAUUCAGAAGAGUGAUAAAGAAGGGCAGUGUAGAAGAAUACUCAUGCAUACCAUAUAUCUUAACUUUGUUCAGCAGCCUCACAUAUACUUGGUACGGUCUUCCAGUAGUGAGCUCUGGAUGGGAGAAUUGGACUCUGUCCGGAAUCAGCUCACUAGGAGUGCUCUUUGAAAGCACAUUUAUCAGUAUAUACAUAUGGUUUGCACCACGAGAGAAAAAGAAGCUUGUCAUGAUGAUGGUAUCUCCUAUUCUAAUCAUCUUUGGCAUGGCUGUAUUUUUUUCAAUUUUCUCAUUCCACACCCACCAAAUGCGUAAAGUAUUUGUCGGAAGCAUUGGUUUGGUGGCUUCCAUAUUAAUGUAUGGCUCUCCGUUGGUAGCUGUGAAACAAGUUAUCAGGACGAAAAGCGUGGAGUUCAUGCCUUUCUACUUGUCAUUGUUUAGCUUCUUGACAAGUUUACUCUGGAUGCUGUAUGGGCUCCUUGGAAAGGAUCCUUUUCUCACGGCACCAAGCUUCAUUGGCUGCUUAAUGGGUAUUCUUCAGUUGGUCGUGUACUGCAUUUACAGCAAAUGCAAGGAAGCACCCAAGACGAAUCCUGAUAUUGAGCAAGCAGAUGAACUGAAAGUUGUAACUAGUCAAGACAACACGAAGGGACAAAAGCCAUAA